AUAACCGUCGGACUCGUGUUUCUCGCCUCCGCCGGCGAACAGUUUUCUCUCUCUGAAUCUCUCUCAAUUUCGUGGCCUAAUUUCUGCCACAAAACCCUAAUUUUCUUAAACCCCUAAAUUUUCUGUUGAUUCUCAUACAAUUGCUUCAAUUUUGUUGUUGAUCUCCGAAGCUAUUGUUUUUACGAAUCUCUUAUCUAGCUGCAUUCUCCUGGAAUCGGGAUUCAGUCAGACCCGAAUGUUACAGUUUGACUCGUGAGCUCUUUCGCUAAUUUCUGUAGAAUUUUUAUGCAAUGACGGUGCAUAAUGGAGGAAACUAAAGGAAUCUGUGAUCCGGAGAAUGGGAGCUCGAGUUACGGCGGAAAACCGCCGAAUCCUCUCUCCUUCUCUUCUUCUUCUUCCGCCGCCAUUUAUAGGCAGAGCUUUGACGGCGACCGCUUUUUGUCGCCGUGUAAUAAGAGGUCGCUGGUUCGACACCCAUCUCUCGUGAAGACGAAGGUGUCAGAUAUAUCUGUUGAGAACGAUUUUACUUUAGAGAAGAAGAAUAAGUCUGAGUUUGAGUUUGUUCCUGCUAUGCGUUCUGGAGCUUGGUCUGAUAUUGGCUCGAGGUCAAGCAUGGAAGAUGCUUACCUAUGCCUCGAUAAUUUCAUGGAUAGUUUUGGUCUCAAAAAUUCUGAGGAAGGACCAAGUGCCUUUUACGGGGUAUUUGAUGGACAUGGUGGGAAGCAUGCGGCUGAUUUUGCAUGUCACCAUAUACCGAGGUACAUUGUUGAGGAUCAAGAGUUUCCUAGUGAAAUCAAUAAGGUGAUUUCUUCGGCGUUCCUUCAAACAGACACCGCCUUCUCAGAGGCUUGUGCAUUAGAUGGGAGCCUUUCUUCAGGAACUACUGCUUUGGCAGCUAUUCUCUUUGGGAGGUCAUUGGUGGUGGCAAACGCUGGAGAUUGUAGAGCAGUCUUGUCCCGUCAGGGAAAAGCUAUUGAAAUGUCAAAAGACCACAAACCUAUGAGCAGUAAAGAGAGAAGGCGCAUCGAGGCAUCAGGUGGAUCUGUAUACGACGGCUAUCUAAACGGGCAGCUUAAUGUGGCUCGUGCGCUUGGUGACUUUCAUAUGGAAGGCAUGAAGAAGAAGAAAGACGGCUCUAACGGUGGACCUCUCAUUGCAGAGCCUGAGAUCAUGUCAACUAAACUAACCGAAGAGGACGAGUUCCUUAUAAUCGGGUGCGAUGGGGUUUGGGAUGUGUUCAUGAGCCAGAAUGCUGUUGAUUUUGCUAGAAGGAGACUGCAAGAGCACAAUGACCCGGUCAUGUGUAGUAAAGAGUUGGUUGAGGAAGCUUUGAAGAGGAAGAGUGGGGAUAAUGUGACGGCGGUUGUUGUGUGUCUUCAGUCGCAGCCGCCGCCGAACUUGGUUGCACCGAGGUUGAGGGUUCAACGGAGCUUCUCGGCGGAAGGUUUAAAAGAUUUACAGAGCUACUUGGAUAGCUUGGGUUGCUAAUUGGGCGACAUGAGGAUGGUGACGAAUGGUUGAGACCUUGUUUUAUUGUCUUCUUUUUUUUCUUUUUUUUUUUACAAUUUAUAGUUUUGGGUUUUGAAGGUUUUUUUGUUCUGUUAUAUUCUGGCAAUUUGAGUUAAGUUAUAACAUGAGGCGGCAUACAAUAAUUAAAUGUUUGAUAGGAUUUAUUUUUUAUCAUACUUCACUUGAUAUGCUUUUCCAUAAUGAUAAUUUUAUCAGUUUCAUUUGUUUGUUAU